AUGAAUGGAGUCCCCUGGCAGUGUCUCAUUAAUGAGGGCAUGCACACGGGCAAUCAACAAGAGGUCGACGAUCUCAACGGCCAACUCGAUGCCCAAGGUCGAGAAACGGAGAAGUUUCAGCACCUUUUACGAGUGAAGGAGGAUGAGCUGAACCGAGCAGUUACUCUUUCCAAUCUCCAACCCGAGCUCGAUGCGACGAAGGCCACCGAAAACCUUCGAUUAAAGGAUGAGCUGUCCGAGAUGGUCGAAAAGAACCGGCUUCUAGAAGUGGACAAAGUCGGCCUUAGCCAGGACAAUGCUCGUUUUUCCUCAAGGCUUGGUGAGCUAGAAACCACCUUCUCUCAACUUCGGGGGGAGCUGGAUUCGGUCAAGUCCGAUGCUACGAGCAUGGCCGAGAGGCAUCGGCAGCUCGAAUCUGAAAGUGCCCGGUACAAAGAGCGGAUGAGGGUGUUUGAGGAGAAGGCAGAGAACAGGGCCCGGAUAUGUGAUGAGCUAAAAACCGAGCUCGAGGAGACAGUUGAUGCUAAUGACCUUCUCAAGGCCGAGCUCGAGUCGACCACUCAAAUCCAAAAGGUCCUCGAAGAAGAUCGGGAUGAACUGAUGGCAAAAUUAGCCCAGGCUGAGGCCGAUUUGGCAGAAGCCCUUCGGAGCGUGGAGGCCGCUGAGGCUCAUACUACGAUAUCUGGGUUCCCGGUGUAA